AUGUUUCCUUUGACGACUCUAUUGAAUGAACAUGAUGAACCACUAGAAAUCUAUCAAACGAAAAUUGGUUCAGUUGGUAGUUGGUGUUGGGAAUCAGCAAUAUGUUUAGCUGAAUAUUGUUAUGAUCAUAUGUUUGAUCGAUUUAAAAACAAGCGUAUCGUUGAAAUAGGUAGCGGUACUGGCAUUGUUGGAUUACAAUUAUGUGCAUUAGGUGGAAAUGUUACUUUAACUGACCGUGAAGAAUAUCUUGAAUUGAUUGAUUUUAAUAUCAAAAAGAAUCAAAAUAUGCUUACAGGAACAGCGCAAGGUAAAACAUUAUUUUGGGGUGAUGAUAUCAAUGAAAAAGAGGAUUAUUUUCAAAAUCUUGAUUUUGUUAUUGUUGCCAAUUGUGUUUAUCAUUCAAUUGAAUUAGAUGAAUUAAUAAAAACAAUUUGUAAUUUGUGCCCGGAAAAUUCUCAAACAUCAUUAUUAUGUUGCUAUGAACUACGCAAUGUUGGUAUUCGUCGAUUGGUCGAUGAAUUUCAUGAAAAAUUAAUAGAGAAGAAAUUUUCUGUUCAUCCUAUCGAACAAAAAGAUUUACGUUCGAAAUAUCAAAAUGAUUACAAUGCAAUAGUUACAUGUCAACGAUCAUAA